AAACCCAGGCGGCCGGCUCCCCGACACAGACGCCGACUUCUCUGACCGCCCCAGAGUCGCCUGAACGCCUCGUCCUCCUCGUCCUCCAUCAGAGCUGCAGAAGUUGUCCAAUCAAACGUCUCCAACUGUGCUUCUCUGCCUCCCGGACAGCUGAUUGGCCAGCUCCACCAUGCUCCGCCCCCUGCUGUACCUGUCUGCUCUCAUCACCUUCGCAGGUGCUCAGAGGUUCACGGCCUCCUCAGAGUUCGACAUCAGCUCCUGUCCCAUCACCUUUUACGGACGGACACACCAGCGCGCCUACGUGAACUUCACCAGGCAGAACCUGGUGGUCUGCUUCAGCGGUUUUUACGGCUCUAGAACCGACGGCGACUGCAUUUUCGGACCUCUUCCCGACUCCGGGAGCGCAGAAUUCGAGCAGUAUCAGCGGAUUCCGGUUCUGGAAACCAUCGUGAAGUACAGCGUUCCGAGCAUCGAUACCAGGAUGGACUGCUACUUUUCUUUCUCCUUCCAGCACAACAGAGGCUACUCCACCCUGGCUCUGAUAAAGUUCGGACCGCGGUCGGUUCUGUACGUCUACACUCCUGCCGAGGGCACGGUGGUGGUCGACGUCCAGGUGGACGGAACCACAGCGGACAAGGUGACGGUCACCAACACUCCUACCAGCAGACAGACGCGUGGCUACCUGGACACCAGCGGCUGCAGACACGCAGGUGCCGUGUAUAAACCCGCCACAGAGGUGAGCUCACCUGAAACCUGCUUCCGUCUCACCUGUGAUAAAGACGUGGUCCUCACAACCUCUUCCUGUGGUCCUCUGGAGCGUUGCCUUGGAAACGGCAGCUGCAUCCCCGCCGCCCUGUAUGACGCCAUAUUCAACCCUAAACUGGACGAGGUGUGCACCGUGACGGGCCCCGCCCUCGUCGACUUCCGCGGCGGCGUCACCUCUGUGAGGGAUCGCUGCAGCUACUCCCUGCUGUCCCUGCCGUCAGUCCCAGACUUCCAGGUGGUGGCCAGCUUCCAGGAGCGGCGGCGUAAAGACGUGAGCUUCCUGGACGGCGUGACGCUGCGGCUGGGUGGGCCGGACGUUCGCGUCCACCUGAAACAAGGCGGCAGAGUUCUGGUAAACGACGCCACCCUGACCCUCAACAGCCCGGAUCCGCUGGUUCACCCCGCUGGGGUGGAGCUCUCCAAGGACCUCACCGGAGUCACUGCCAAGGUCUCACUCUCCAACUUCACCGUCUCGGUCUUCUUUGACGGCUACACGGCGCAGAUCCACCUGCAAGGACCCGUUGGAUCGGCCCUCCAUGGCCUGUGUGACAACGCCAGCAGGUCCCUGGCAGACCUGAGGCUGCCUGAGUCCAGCUCCACCAGCUGUGAGACGCAGUUCACUGACACCGAUGACCCAACGAUCAGCUGCACCAAGAUGACUGAGCACUGUAACCUCCUGAAGGAGGCGCCCUUCUCUGCCUGUGACAUUAACCCAGAGCCCUACAUAACCGCCUGCACCAAGACGCUGUGCAGCUAUCCCGACCAGGAUGGCCUCAAGUGUCAGUUCCUGGAGGCCUACGCCAGAACCUGCCGGCUGAAGCGUAACGCCACGCUGGCCGGCUGGAGGACCAAGACCGAGUGCUCGCACCCUGAAGCCUUCUGUCAGGACAGGACCUGCAGCGAUCAUGAGUUCUGUGGAGAGAAGACCGUCGGUGGAGACACUCGCUGCUUCUGUCGAGCCAUUUUUGCCUCCAAAUACAGAGACAGCAACACUUUGGGUGACCCAAUGGUCUGCAACCAGACCUCUGCUUCCCUGACUCUGGCCAACUGUCUCCUGGAGGAUGAAGGCGUUGACUACGCUGCCUUGCACCUCAAAGACCUGACCUGCAGGGGGCGCAUGGACGAGGAGACCCACAUGGUGACUUUCAGCUUCAACGGCACCAACCGCUGUGGGACGGAGGUCAUGAACAACAACAACCAGAUCAUCUACCAGAACACCAUCAGUAACCACGGUGGCUCCUCCAGCGUCAUCACUCGCAGAGACCAGGUCUUCAUCGACUUCUCCUGUGUCUACUCGCAGGAGGCCAUCAAGGCGUUCAAAAUCAGGAGCAGGUGUGUGGCGGACUGUGGGACCAAUGACGAUGGCAGCUCUGUGAUCAAGGUCAUCACCUCUGGAGUUUGGAACUACACCCUGACCAUGAAGGCCUACACCGACGCAGCCCGCACCCAGCCGGUGGAGUCCGACACCCAAGUCGGGCUCGACCAGACGAUCUGGGUGGAGCUGAAGACCGACGGGCUGGACGGAGACCUGCUGUCCAUAGUGACCGAAUCUUGCUGGGCAACCAAUCAGGAAUCAGACAACAGCAGCCUGAGAUACGACCUGAUUAAGAACGGCUGUGCCAAUCCUGUCGACCCAACGGUGAGGGUGGAAGGAAACGGAGAGGGAACCUCCAACCGCUUCUCCUUCAACAUGUUCCAGUUCUCUGGGAGGUCCGGGAACAUCUACAUGCACUGCAAACUGCAGCUGUGCGUCAAGGAGGGCAACAGCUGCAUCCCGCAGAAAUGUAACGGGGCUCGGAGACGCAGAUCCAUCAGGUCCAGAACUGGAUCCCCAGCACUCAUCAGCAUGGUUUGGACCGACUAGAUGGGCUCAGAUGAGGACAGUGGAGGCUGCAGAACCCCAGGAUGGCGCCUGGUUCUGAUCCAGAGGCAGGCUGUGGUACAUCUGCUCACUGCUGAGUCGUCUGUGGACCAUGAUGAUGAUUUUACAGAUAAUAUAACGGUUCCUACAGGAACAUGGUGAAGGUCGUCUCUUUACUCCUUGGUCCGAACUGGGUCGGAUCGGUUCAGGUUCUGUUGCCACAGCAACAGCUAAAGGGUUUUAAAAUAGUUUGGAUGGGAUAAGUUUUAAUAACGGGUGUUAUAAAAAGACUUGAAUCAAUAUUGUUGGUGGCUGUGUGAUUGUGAUGAAGGAUUUCUGACUGAUGCUUGUUGUAGUAAAUCCUAUAAUAAAAAUCUGACAACCAAAA